ACCCAAACAUCAGGUGACGUCUUCCCCGGCGUGAGGACUCAGCGCUUCGGGCUCCACGCCUGACCCUGCUCGUCGACUUCCGGGCCCGAGAGUCACAUGAUCCUCUAACCGGGGGACUGCCCGGUCUGACGUGAGCGCCCCCACCGGGCUCCUCCCACAGUGGGAGCGUGACGUCACCGGAGAGAUGAGGUCAUGAAGAAGGCGAAGGGGAGGAGUUGUGAUUGACAGUUUGCUGACACACGGUUCCCAGGGCAUGACGACUCUCAUCAGCAAGGGAAACAGCAAAGCUCUGAAGGUGAAAAGAGAGCCGGGGGAAAAUGGCACGAGUCUCACCGAUGAAGAACUGGUCACCAUGUCCGUGCGGGAGCUGAACCAACAUCUCCGCGGCCUGUCCAAAGACGAAAUCAUCCAGCUGAAGCAGCGGCGGCGCACGCUGAAGAACAGAGGCUACGCCGCCAGCUGCCGAGUGAAACGCGUCACCCAGAAGGAGGAGCUGGAGAAGCAGAAGGUGGAGCUGCAGCAGGAGGUGGAGAAGCUGGCCUCGGAGAACGCCAGCAUGCGACUGGAACUGGACUCUCUUCGCUCAAAGUACGAAGCUCUUCAGAACUUUGCCAGGACUGUCGCCCGCAGCCCUAUCACUCCUUCAAGAGGACCAAUAACGCCUGGAGUCAGGCCCCUCAUCAUCCCCGGCAAAGUGGCCGCCACAAGCGUCAUUACCAUUGUCAAAUCUAAGACGGAGGCGCAGUCUUAGGGGCGUGAGAAACCUGGAUCCCCUGCCCCUCCUCCUUCACCAUCUGUUCCCAAAGCACAAGUACCCAAAGAUUAGCGUAACCAGAGGAGGAACAUUCGUACGUGAUGUUCAGGAGGCUCCAUAACAUCCGAGGGAAUUGGUUUGGGUUCUGUGGCAGGGAACGUAGGUUGUCCACAUCUGAGUAUCCGCAGUUAAGGGGAGGUGACACUUGGUGACGAGGUCUCCCCAUGCCUCAUUCGACCAAUCAUCUAAGCACUCAGCCAUUACGAAGACGAGAGGAGAGGCUGCAAAGCCAUCAACAUCUUCCAGCUUUGGUUCCCCCUGUUGGAACAUUCACCGGUCCUCAUGUCUGGCAAAAAAAAAAAUGCCCAUGCUGCUUAUGAAAGCCAAUCAGAUUUCUUGUUUCAGUCUCCCGUAGAAUGAAAGAUGAUUGGUUGCCAUGAAAAAAAAAAAAAGUGGGCUGUCAACUUUUACCUGAAACCGUAAAGCUAGCUGCUAUGGGUUGUUCUUUAGUUUUCAUGCACAUACCCUUGUGGGGUUGAUGGAUGCAACUGAAGCUAAAGAGGACCUGUCACAGCCAGAUGCCAUCUUUCAGAUGAACCAGGAAGUCUGUUUUUUGCAUCAGAUUUACAAUGAAACCAUUUAGCCCUUGGCAAGUGUUAAGGGCUGGAGGAGAGCGCGCUGCAACCAAUCAAAGUUCAGUUGUCAUGGUAAAACAUCACCUGAUUGGUUGGUUGCCAAGGGCCAGAGUUCAGUUCUCAACAAGUGAUGGGAGAUGGAGGAGCGUUGGCUGCUCUUGGCAGCCAACCCAAUUCCAGUUGCCAUUGUUAAGGAGCACCUGAUUGGUUGCCAUGGGCCAGAGUUUGGUUUUGCAACAAGGGAUGGGAGAUGGAGGAACAUUUGCAGCUCUUGGCAACCAAUGAAAUUCCAGCUGUCAUUGUAAAGGAGCAGCUGAUUGGUUGCCAUGGGCCACAGUCUAGUUUUCAACAAAAGAUAGGACAUGGAGGAACAUUUGCAGCUCUUGGCAACCAAUGAAAUUGCAGUUGUCAUUGUAAAGGAGCACCUGAUUGGUUGCCAUGGGCCACAGUUGUUCUCAACAAGUGUUGGGAGAUGGAGGAACAUUUGCAGCUCUUGGCAACCAAUGAAAUUCCAGUUGUCAUUGUAAAGGAGCACCUGAUUGGUUGCCAUGGGCCAGAGUUGUUCUCAACAAGUGAUGGGAGAUGGAGGAGCAUUUGCUGCCCUUGGCAACGAAUCAUAUUCCAGUUGUCAUUUUAAUAGGUGGGAGAUGGAGGAACAUUGGAGCACCUGAUUGGUUGCCAUGAGUUUAGCCUUUAGAAAGUUAUGAGAGUUGGGGGGGGAAAUGGGAGAUGGAGGAACGUUUGCUGCUCUUGGCAACCAAUAAGAUUCCAUUUGUCAUUGUAAAGGAAACCCUUAUUAGUUCCUAUGGGCCAGAGUUCAAUUCUCAGAAAGCGAUGAGAGCUGAAUGUGCUGCUUUGGGUCACAAAUUAACAUUUUUAUUGUAACAAAGCACCUGAUUGGUUGCCAUAAGUUCAGCCUUCUGGAAGUUUUGCGAGUUGGGAGGAGAGUAUGCAAUUCUUGGCAACCAAUUAGAUUUCAGCCAUCAUUGUAAAGGAGCACCUGAUUGGUUGCCAUGAGUUCAGCCUUCAGGAAGUUGGGAGGAGAGUAUGCAAUUCUUGGCAACCAAUUACAUUUCAGCCAUCAUUGUAAAGGAGCACCUGAUUGGUUGACAUUAUUUCAGCCUUCGGGAAGUUAGGAGAGUUGGAAGGAGAGUAUGCAAUUCUUGGCAACCAAUUAGAUUUCAGCCAUCAUUGUAAAGGAGCACCUGAUUGGUUGCCAUGAGUUCAGCCUUCAGGAAGUUGGGAGGAGAGUAUGCAAUUCUUGGCAACCAAUUACAUUUCAGCCAUCAUUGUAAAGGAGCACCUGAUUGGUUGACAUUAUUUCAGCCUUCGGGAAGUUAGGAGAGUUGGAAGGAGAGUAUGCAAUUCUUGGCAACCAAUUAGAUUUCAGCCAUCAUUGUAAAGGAGCACCUGAUUGGUUGCCAUGAGUUCAGCCUUCGGGAAGUUACGAGAGUUGGGAGGAGAGUAUGCAAUUCUUGGCAACCAAUUAGAUUUCCGCCAUCAUUGUAACGGAGCACCUGAUUGGUUGCCAUGAGUUCAGCCUUCGGGAAGUGAGGAGAGUUGGGAGGAGAGUAUGCAAUUCUUGGCAACCAAUUCGAUUUCAGCCAUCAUUGUAAAGGUGCACCUGAUUGGCAUGGGCCAGAGUUUAGAGUUGGAGGAAAGUAUGCUGCACUAGACAACCAAUCAAAUUUUAGUUUUCAUUUAAAUGGAGUACCUGUUUGCUAUGGGCCAGAACUGGUUUCAUGGUGGGUCAUUAGGCUGCAAAGCCUCCUCAUAAUAAGGUUCUCCCACCAUUACCAAUAGCUUUUCUUCAUAUUCCUCCAUUAUAUUUACAGUACCCUCCACUCUGGUCAGCAUCUGAUGCCAGCUCUGCCUUGGGCAACCAAUACCCGCAUCUUAAUCCCAUUGGUUGACUUUUUUUUUUCUUUUCUGGACACUUUUGAACAUGGCCGUGUUAUAUGUGCUCAGUUUCCCAUGCUGUCCAGCUGUCGGGGUCUCUAUCAGUGUAUAGUGUGACGUAAGAUUGUAGCACUUGUUGUGGGUCAGUGUGUGUGUGUGUGUGUAGUUGAAUCGUGAAGUAUGCAGUGCUGUGGCCCGGUCUACGACGUGACGUCUGGUGGUCCUUUUUGCUUGUCUGUGGAAUCGUGACUGACAUCUUCCGGAGUGUCUGUGUGCAGGUUUCCUCUUAGUCUACACACGUGCGUGCCGUGUACUUUGUGACCUGAGACUACGCUGCUCUUUUUAAUUUUUUUUCGGGGUCGUUGUGUAAUUUCGUGCCGUGAGAUUAUACAGCUUCUGGAUUGGUAUGUUGUUCCCGUGAUGUCCGUACGUGUCCCAUCGUGGUCCGUGUGCAGUUUUGACGUGGGUUCCUCUUGCUGUGGGUGUUUUUUUUUUUUUUGUGAUGAUGUGGUGGAGGCAUUUUUGACGUCGGUGGUGUCUUUGUGCCAAUGAUAGAUUGCAAGAUCUGUUGAUCGUAGGAGGCUUUUUAAAAAAAUGCAUAUUAUUGCUCACAACCAGGGGCGGACUGACCAUUGAGUCCU